AUGAACUUGUCGAAGGGUGCACCACGUGGAGCCCUAGACUCACCAAGAUCCUUAUUCUACCCUAGCAAUGCAAAAGAUGGAUAUAACGCACGAAAUAAAGCUCCAAAUAUCCUCCAGUGGAAUGCUGGAGGAAUGUCACCGGACAAAAUGAUCCAAGUCCAGAAAAUCCUACAAACCUAUGAUGUAGACAUUUUCACUAUUACGGAAGCUAACAUUUCGGAUGACAAACUGAAGUACUACCAAUUCCCAGGUUACACCCUGUACAAUCUACCUAAAUAUCGGCAAGUUACAAGUGGAAUUCUAACUGGAGUUAAAGAAGGCCUUACCUCACACUACGAUCUAAUCAAGAGUAUGGGCUCGACACAAGACAUGCAAAAUAAUCAGAUUAAAUGUUUGGAAAUUUUAAAACCACUUCAAGGUGAGACUUCAACGCCCACUCCACCAGAUGGGGCUACAAGGGUACAAACAGAGCAGGAAAGGAAAUUGAAGACAUGCUUUGCGAGGUUCUAUUUCCACAAGCAGAAGAAAAACCCUUUUGCCAGAAAAUCUUCAAGAGAUUUAAAGAUACAAGUAAAACAGUUUGGUGAAAUUAAGGAAGACACGACAACACCAAAUAAUGUACUUACUGAACCAUUCAGACCUAGCGAGCUUAAUGCUGCGAUACAACAGCUAAAGUGCAAGAAGUCUCCUGACGAAGACGAUGCAAUCCUGAAACAUGGAGUGAGUGAUCCAGAGGUUGUUAUCCCCAUCAAGAAGCGGACCUCGGGAUUCAUCAAAAAUGUCUUUAAAAUUUGGCACUUUGAUUUUCAACCAAGCAUUCUUGCCAACUUUUUGAGACGUUUACUAUAG